AUGGCGGCAUCCAUGCUGCCGGAAAGUGAUAAAUAUACAAAUCCACAACGCAGAUGGUUUCAGAAAACAUCAUCACCGAAACUGAACAAGCUGAAUCCUAAUAAAUUACAGGCGUUUUUUCAAAGAAACAAAGCUAAAGUCGAAAUUAAUCAAUCAGAAGACAGUAUUUUUUCGGAAGGCGAACGAGACAUUCCAAAUGAGAAACGCAAAGGCAAAGAUGAAGUGCAAAACGGCGACAACUGGGUCGGGCGUUCCAGAAACAAAAGAUCUUCGGCCAGAAAGAGAAAUCCAGCCGGCCUGGAGCAGGUGCCGGAGAUCGUCCUGGAGGCGACAACCAGGGACGAACAGGUGACGACUUUGAACCAGGAGGACGAAAUGUGCGACCAGUACCAGAGAUGGCGAUGAUUCGGGCAAAACUGAUACCAUCAAACUGUCGUAUACCACCAAGAGGUCGUUGAGGA